AUGGACGGCGUUCCGUUUGAAGAACUUCCUCACGAUGACUAUGGCCCGCGGUUGCUUGCUACCAUCUGGAGUCUUGGGGCCAUAGCUGGAGGUUUCAUGGGGCUUCGGCUUUACUGCAAGUUCACGCGACAACGAGGGCUAUGGUGGGAUGACUAUUAUAUGAUCGCGGCUUGGCUUGCCUAUCUGACGUUUGGGGUUUUCAUCACCAUCGACGUGUCGUACGACUUUGGCAAACAUAACUGGGAUAUCACGCCGGGCAACUGGUCCUGGCUUCUCCUCCACGCCAAUCUGUCCGGCUCCUUUUCAAUCAUCGCCGCUUGUUGGAGCAAAACAUCUUUUGCUUUGACCCUUCUGCGAAUCGCAACCGAGCGCUGGAUGAAAUGGCUCAUCUGGUUCAUCAUGAUUUCGGUCAACGUCGCCCUGGGACUCAACGUCCUCUUUACGUGGAUUUCGUGUUGGCCAGUCGAAAAGACAUGGCGAACAGCGUCCACGCCAGGGACAUGCUGGCCGAAAACCGUGACGAUGAACUACAAUGUCUUUACAGCAUCUUAUUCCGGCGCCAUGGACAUCGUACUCGCAAUCAUCCCGUGGAAGAUUAUCUGGGGCCUCACCAUGACAAAAAAAGAGAAGUUCGGUGUUUCGCUUGCCAUGAGCAUGGGCUUUUUCGCCGGAGCCGUCUCCUUUAUCAAGAUCAGGACCAUCACGGCUAUUGGAGCCUUCGACAUCAUCGACACAGUCGACUUGACAGUAUGGGGCGCUGCAGAGAGUGCAGUCACGAUCAUCGCAGCGUCAAUACCAAUCCUACGGGCUCUGUUCCGAGACUACAAGCCGCCUCCAGCCAGGUUCGUCAGCGACGAAGAGUCAAUGCUGCGCCGGCUGGGCGCAGGGUCGGUUCGGACAAUGACAAGGCCAAUACCAGCAGUCGGACGAUCUCGAUCAGACGUGGAGCUGAUCGAAAUCGAUAGGGGGAUCAACUCCCGAGGCCAUGCAGACAAGAACGACUUGGCGCUGCAGGCGUGGAGAGGGAGAGAUAUCAAAGUUGACCCGAGAAGAGGGGCCGAAAACGGAGCAACGCUAUCUUCACAUUUUGAUGUUUAUGGGAGAAGUGGUAACGGAGAGGUGCCAAAGCCUGCCCACGUGAGGAACUUCUCACGCGGAUUUUAG